AAAUCAUCCAACAUUGUCGCCGCAUCGACUCCACAGUGAACACUACGCGCUCUGCUAGUGUUGAAGGCAUAUAUUUUAUAUUGUAAUUAACCCGAUUGGAAACACAAUGGCCGUCCGUUUCUCGUCCUUGCUCGCGUUCGCUUGUGCGCUGCUGCUGGUGGCCUCAACAUCUGUGUCCGGAGCUGCCAUCGAUAAUGCCGUGACCCCGCGGAUCCACAGCUCCGACGAGCUGAUCUCGACCAUUGUGGAUAAGUGCUUCCAUGCCAAUGCCAUGCAUUGCCUCAAGGAGAAGGUGCUCAGCUACCUGGACACGGUGGCCAAUGUGGAGGAUGAGGUCAGCGGACGUGCCCUGAGCGACGAUGUCAUCGAUAAGGUCAUCGUGGAUCGUCUGGGCCGCAUUCUGAACACCAACGAGAUGAGGUUGCAGCUGCCUCAGACCUUCUUCGCCGGCUCCGUGAUCUCCUAUCGCUCGGAUCGCGGUUUCGAUCUGGAGCUGCCCAAGGAGGAGGGUCGCGCUGAGAAGAAGAACAAGGACAAGCUGUUCCUGCCAUUGCUGCUGCUGAUGAAAUUCAAGCUGAAGGUGAUCAUGCCCAUCCUGCUGGCCCUGAUCGGUCUGAAGGCCACCAAGGCUCUGAUCCUGUCCAAGAUUGCCAUCAAGCUGGUGCUGGGUUUCCUGAUCUACAACCUCAUCCAGAAGUUGGGAGGCAUGAAGAUGAACAUGGUGCCCAUGCCGGCGCCAGUUCCGGCCAGUGAGUACGGAGUGCCCAGUACCACUGCCUCGUCCUACGAUCCCAGCAGCUGGGAACCGAUGAGCGGAGGACCCUAUGCCCGUUGGGACUCGCAGAACCUGGCCUACAGCUCCUACCAUCCCAGCAGCUCGUCCUCCUACUCCUCGGGAUCCUCGUCGGGAUCGUCGGGCUCUUCGUCCAGCUACAGCUCGUCCUCUUAAGUGGGGAAAUUCAAUUGCCCCAUUGUACAUACCAAGAAUAUGAGUGGUCCUUCCGAGGAGGCAUCACUGCGAGUCACACAGACCAAAUGGAACCGGAACCUGCCCAGGCCAUAAUUGUAGUCGUUAAGGGUUAAGCACGCGAGAGCUUUAGCCAUUCUUCAGCCGUAACCACUUCCCCACUUAGCCUGAUUUUCCCCUCUUCAUACCAACUUCCUCCUCAUUGACUCUUUUUCUUUUUGCCUUCGUCACUUCGUCACAAAUCGACCAAAAACCACACUAAAUGGAAUUAAUAUUUAUUUAAUUUAUUAAAAAUGCAACACUUGAAAACAUUAAAAAAAA